UCCUGUGUCAUGGUGCCAAAGGGUACGGCUAGAGUUCUUUUCUGAAAGCCCGUACCUGACUGGACUACGCUUUCCUGUGACUUCUACUGGCUGCAGCCUGCGUUGGAAGGAUUCUAGGAGCCUCUACGCACACGAUGUAGGGAGGUGGCUACAGUCCUUGUUGGGCAGAAAGUUUGCUUGGUCUAACACUGAGUCACUGACCUUGGAGGAUGUUACCGUGAACUUCACCAUGGAGGAGUGGGCUCUGCUAAAUCCAUCCCAAAAGAUGCUCUAUAGAGAUGUGAUGCAGGAAACGUUUAUCAAUAUUACUGCUAUAGGAAUGGCCUGGAACAACCAGCAAACUGAAGAAGAAUACAAAAAUUGCUCAAGAAAUCUAAGAAAUGAAGAAGUAGCACAAUGCUAUCUAUGUGAAGCUUGGAAUCAACAUGAGAAAAUAUUCCCUCAGACUCCAAAUGCCAGUGUGCACAUGCAGCAACCUGCAUUAAAGCCAACUGAAAGCCUUGUUCAUAGAGGGCCCCUGAUUGAGGAUUUGUCGAUAAAUGUGCCCAUUUUACCUCCCACUGGAGAGAGGCCACAUGAGAAUGUGAGAUUUGGUGACAAGCUGAAUAAAUGUAAUGAAUAUGGAAAACCCUGCAGUGAUUUCCAGUGCUUUCAGGAGCAUGCAAGAACAAAGACUGGAGAGAAACUCUAUCAGUAUGACCAAUGUGGGAAAUCCUACUCUGAACUUAGUGAAAGAACUCAUCCUAGAGAGACCAUUGCAAGUCAGAAAAUUGUGAAAUCCUCCAGCACUCCCAGUGGUGUUAAACUCCAUGAAAGAAUUCACACUGGGAAGAAGACAUAUGUAUGCAAACAAUGUGGGAAAACCUCCAGUACUGAAAGUUGUUGUAAAACUCAUGAAAGUUUCCAUAAGGAAGAGAAACCUUAUGUUUGUAAGCAGUGUGGAAAAGAAUUUGCUGAUAAGUCUGUAUUUCAUAGACAUAGACAAACCCACACUGGUGAGAAACGCUAUGUAUGUAAGCAGUGUGGCAAAGCAUUCAGCAGAUGCAGUAACUGUAAAAUACAUGAAAGAAGUCACAGUGGGGAGAAACCCUAUGCAUGUAAGCAGUGUGGAAAAGCAUUUAACAUUUACAGGACCUGUCAGCGUCAUGAAAGAAAUCACAGUGCAGAGAAAACCUUUAAAUGUAAGCAAUGUGGGAAAGCAUUUAGCACUCACAGUUACUGCCAAAUACAUGAAAGAAUUCACACUGGGGAAAAGCCCUAUGCAUGUAAGCAGUGUGGGAAAGCAUUCAGCAGACAGAGUAACUGUAAGCUACAUGAAAGAAUUCACACUGGGGAGAAACCCUAUGCAUGUAAGCAAUGUGGGAAAGCAUUCAGGAUAUACAGUGGUUAUCGACUCCAUGAAAGAAUUCACACUGGGGAGAAACCCUAUAUAUGUAAGCACUGUGGGAAAUCAUUCAGCCAAUACACUCGCUGUCAAAGCCAUGAAAGCACUCAUACUGGGGAGAAACCUUAUGUAUGUAAACAAUGUGGGAAAUCAUUCACUACACACCGUUACUGUCAAAUACAUGAAAGAAAUCACAGUGGGGAGAAACCUUAUGUGUGCCUGCAAUGUGGAAAAGCAUUCACUGCAAAGAGUUAUUAUAACAUACAUGAAAAAAUGCACACAGGGGAAAAAUCUUAUAUGUGUAAGCAAUGUGGGAAGGCAUUUACUACACAUAAAUAUUGUCAAAAACAUGAAAAAACUCACACUGCAGAAAAGCCUUACGUGUGCAAGCAAUGUGGGAGGGCAUUCACUAUGCUCCAGUAUUGUCAAAGACAUGAAAAAACUCACAGAGGCACGAACCCCUAUGCACUUAAGCCAUGUGGAAAAUAAUUUUCUAGUGGAUCCUCAUUUUAUAUACAUAGAUCUUGCACUGAAGAGGAGCUCUAUGUGUAUAAACAAUGUUGAGAAAGCAUUCAGUGUGCCAAACUUUUAUCAAAUAUAAGAAAGUCUAUAUAUAUAUUUUGAAAAUUCCGCAUAAAGACCUGUACAAAUUAAAAUUUUAAUGUCAACAUUUUUUCUAAACUUUUUUUUAGAAACUAUACUUCUAGUUGGAAAUAUCCUACAAUAUAUUCCUUCUGUAUUGUUCAGUAAAUUAGUUGUAAAUAUCUGAACUAUGUAUCUGUAAUGUUUAUUAUAAAAAAUAUUUUUGUGUGCACUGAUGUUUUUUAACAAUGCAUAGUAUCUUAUAAUUAAACAAGAUGAAUUAUGACAUUCCUCACUUCCAAGUAGGAUUAAUAUUUAUAUAGUUUUGAUUUUAUUUUGCUUUUACUAUUGGGAAGUGUAGACCACUAAAAAAUAAGUGUUACUGAUUUUAAUUGAUAGACUUUACCAAUAACUUUAAUUUUAAUUUUCUUGGUAUAUAUACUUCAUAGUCUGUGUAAAAAAGAAUUUUAUAUUUGAUACUAUAUAUGUGUGAUGUAUUCAUACUUAGAAAUGUGAACAUGUGCUUUUGAAAUAUUCAGUGGUUUUCCCACAGCUUGUAGAUUAGCAAAUGUUUUGUUUUUCAUAUGCAGUACAUAAUAUAAAGAAAGAUUUCUUUUCAUAAUGCUUAUUCCUAACACUUCAUAAUGAACAGUACAACAGGUUUAAAAAGACUUAGCCAGUAUUACAUCUGUCAAUAUUAUACUGCAUUGGAAGCAUAUUAAGGAAGAACUGUUAAAAUUUAACAAUUCUCAUUUCUGAAGCUGAUCAUAUUUGUAUUUAGAACCACUUUGUACUACCCAUUCUGCGUUCCUUGGCCUUCAUUAAGUAUCUCAGUAGGUCUUCGUUCUUUCCCUGGUGUGGUUACUUUCUGAAGGUUGUGAACCAUUUGAUGUUCUGCCUGGAUUGGAUUAUUACUAGUUCCUGUUGAUUUUAACAGUGGCAUGAUGAUACUAAAAGGCUCCCUAAAGGA